AUGGACAACCCCAAGUCACUUGACAUCAAUCUUUUGGCCCUGACUGCAGGUGACUACUUUGGAUCCUCUGACUCUGAAGACGGGGAGCGGCCUUUGAAGAGGCCAAGGGUGAUCGCCCCACCGAAGGUGAUUGCACCCCCAAAGCUGAUUGCACCAUCAAAGGUGAUUGCUCCACCGCGUGCUCCUUGUGUGCUGCCACGCUUGAAGACCCUUCCAGAUGGCCAUCCGCUGAUCCACCUGUACAUCGCCACAGAGUACCGCCGUAAUACAGUUGGCGAUGUGACCUUGCAGAACUUCAAUGACCGGGUGGCAUUUCUGUGGAUGGAGUUCAAAAGCUUGAGCAAGCUGACAAAAGAGGAGUACUUGAAGGUCCUCCCUGGUGGAUUCAACCUCCGUUGCUACAACCAGGUCUUGGAGCGGGAAGGCGCUGACUUCGAGGUUGUCCUGGAUGAGGCCUGA